AGUUAAGUUAUAAGCUUAUUACAACUUGAAUAAAGACGAUGAAAUUGGUAAAGAAGUUCUCAAUUUUGGCUGCGAUUGUAGUCUGUUAUUUCGGCUGCAUAGCUGAUGCGGUGCCGGUUGACACUGUGGAAAAACAACUUCUACAGAGAGAGGGUACCGGGAAUCCUGAGAAUUUCUUGGACUGGACGAAUCAAUUAAACUCCACAGAUGUUGACGAAACCGACGAGGAAUUAUAUGACCAACUCCUGUAUAAUAUCCUUAUUCCGAUGCAACAAAAAAUGAUCGCAGAAGAGAACGGACAGCUUGACAAUGCAGAAGAUAAUCCUUUCCUGGCAGAAAAUCGAAACAGCGACGAAGAAAACAACGAUUACAGUCCCGGACAAGCUGAGUCUAUCCAGUCGGAUAAACGCUUCCAGUCUUUGUUUAAGCGUUACCCUGGUUUUCAAGGACUUUUUAAGCGCCAUAACCCCCAUCUUCCAGACUUGUUUAAGCGCUAUAACAGCAUGGGCUUAUUUAAGAGAAGCCCCGGAAUGCUAGGGCUUUUCAAACGGGGUCUGCUAGGCCUGUUCAAACGCAGCGAUGCUCGUCUACAGGGUUUGUUCAAGCGGGAUUCAGCGACACAAGGCUCGUUUAAGCGCAGCUCAGAAGCUCAGGCCCUUCCCAAACGUUACCCCAACUUCCAGGGCCUAUUUAAAAGAUUAUCAGAAGCAACAGAAUAUCCUGAAGACGACAGCUCCAACGACGAUACGAAGCAACGAGGCAAUCUGCACAGCCUAUUCAAACGUGAUACUUCUGCUCAUUACCUGGAAGACCGCGGCGAAAGCAUCCCGUUUCUUUUCCGACGUAGUUAAAUGUAUAUAUAGGAAAAUACAUUGGACAUCGUGACUUUAUUAAUGGAUACAUUUUGCCCACGUAGGGCUGUCGAUAUAUUUGUUGUGCACACUUUGGUUAAUUUUACUUUGCACUACGUCUUGUUACAUGCUCGUUCAAUAAAUGUAUAAAGCCAACUAUGUUGCAAUGAAUGGCCGUGUAAGAGUGACAGGAUUGAGUAAACGCAUCGGGCAACCUGUAAGAUUUACAAAAUGGAUAUGCGU